AGCCGAGGUGGAAUAACCUGCAUGCAGUUCCACCCCUAAUCAGUUGAGCUGGGAUUUACACUUGGAGCUGAUACCUCCAUAACUCUGUCUAUUGCACUUGGUGCAACAGAAUUUGGGCAGAGCUCCGACAAGAUCGGCUUUGCCCUUUAGAAAGAGCCUCUUGGCAGCUGCAUGGGGGAGGGAGUGCAGAGGAAGAAAGGCCAGUGAGGAGCCCCCAGCAAAGGAUGCUGGCAGGAGGGGCUGCUGAGAUCGUUAGGGGGUGAACGGGCUGAACCUAGGGCUUCUGAGACCCAAGAGAAGGGUGGAGUGUUCCUAGCUUUGGGAGGAACACAGGUACGGAGGGGCUGGGUGGUCACUGUAGAAUGGAAGGACCUGCCCAUGUAACCCCCAGGUAUUGUCUGUUUGGCCCCUUCAUGACCACUAAUACUGUGUGUAAUGUCCCAGGCACUGACAUUUGAUAGGACAGAGAUAGAGGCAGAAUUGGCAACAGGCUGUCAUCCCAGGUUGUUGAGCUGAUGUCUUUGCAGACCACACUCAGCUACCUGAGCUAGUUCAGGACCCUGACCCACAAAUGAAGCUCAAACCCUUCCCCUGGGCUCAGUUCCUGCCUAUCAGGGAAACAUAUGCCCCUCCUUAUCCUACCAGUCCCUGCUGGGGUUUUGUGGAAAGAAGCUGCAGCAGCCCAAGCUUGGGAGAGACAAAGGGCAGGGAAUGCUUGCAUGGGGUUGACCACAACAGGUUAGAAUUAUGGUGAGAAGCUCUUCAGGGAGCGAGGCUCCAGGGAGAGCUGCAGUGGGUUGGUAGUCAAAGAUUCCCCAAGUAGACCAUAGGGGUAGGAGGCUCAGGAAACAGUGCUGGGACCUCAUUUCCACCCAUCCAGGACUCUGGGCAUCCAGGCCUUCCUGGGGGCCACACACAAUCCAGUGAAACAUGGGUCAGGGUGGCAUAUGAUCAGCCCCAACCUAUGGUCAGAUUCUCCUUUCCUGGAUCUCAGAGGAGGUAGUAUUGCAUGUGUGUACUGCACCUUACAGUUUGCAAAGCACCUUCCCAAACAUCAUCCUCUGUCACUCUCAGGAUCAACAUGACCACUUCUGAGGUUUGCUCCUGUCCACACCCAGGCUGCUGGCGGAGCCCCCUGGCCCAGAUCUCUGAUCUCACUAUUGACACCUUCCUUCAGCGUUAUCACCAUACUCAGGUUUCUACCAUGUUAAAUUCUAAAAUUAGAAAAGAGCCCUUGCAUCCCAAACCACCUUAAAUUACUGCCUUCUCUGGCCUCCUCUUAAAAGAGAAGGGAACUCUUCCAUCUUUUCCUCCAGACCCCCCUUCUACUCCUGUAGUCUGACUCGGCCUUGCACCACUUUUCUGAACUCAUUCUCUCAUGGACACUAGCGAAAUUCAGGGCAACCUCUCCAAUCCCAAUUUUACCUGGCCCCUUUUUUUUAACACCAGGAGCUGCCCCCACAUUCUUGAAGCCCACUCCAUCUUGGUUUUCAGGGCCUUCCUUCUCCUGGCCUUCUUCCUGCUCCCACACCGCCUCCCAAGCCUCUGGGGCUCUGCCACUCUUGCUCCGUGCUGGGCGCCACCCACACCACCCUCGAAUGCUCAUGAUUCUAGUCUCUCCAUCCAGUAUGUGAGAGGUAUCUUUCUCUAGUCUUCCUCAAAUCACCCAUUUCCCCCAAACAUUCUCUUCCUAUCAUGUUAAGGGUGUCACAUCCCACCCUCGUGCCCCAGUCCAGACACCUCUCUUGCCCCCACCCCCCGAACAUCAUCUGUAUAAAGUUUUGUCAGUUCUUCCUCCCUGCCAGAUCUUUCCACUGAUUCUAAGCCUCAGGCCACCCAGCCUCCACCCUCUCAGUCCCCAGCGGCUCCCUACACUGCAUCCAGAGAUGGCAAGAGAGGGGGUCAUGCUUAGGAUAGGAGGGGGCUACCUGGGCAGGAGUAUACUGGGCAUGGGGACAGAGCACGGCCAGGGUGAGUCACGAGAGGCACCCAGGGCACCAGAUGAAAGGAUGCACUUGCUCUCAGGGUCCUGCACUUGAUCCUGCACUUCAGUGGCACCCUAGGUGCCUGUCUUGCCUCACCCUAAGUCAGCCUUGUGGGACAUGUGGAACAGAUUAGUUUAAGGGAGGGAGGUGGUAAGGUCCUGUUCUCCACACCUGAGCGGGGGAGAUGCUGAUAGAAUGGAAUCUUACAAAGGCAGUGUGGACUGGUUUGUGGUGAGUUUUCCAACCACCUAGGGCUGUAAUUCCAGGUGUGGUGGCCAGAGGUGCCCCCUGAGGGGCCAGAGUUUUGUUAGGCUCCCCUGGUCUGGGGCCUAAUAGCUCAGACACAGCAUUAAACGUGGGCAUCUGGGUAGAAGACAGUUCGAAGAGCACUCAAGGGGCCGAGGGCUGCCACCUGUACCCCUUCCCCUUGGUAGAGAAGGAAGGCUCCCUGCCUGGUUUCUGGUGGGAGCAGGGGUUAAAGGCCUGAAGGGCUCCCCCGGCCAUUUCUGGCCCACGUAUUUGAGCGUCUACACUCGCGGCAGGCACUGCCUGCUGCCCCUGCCCGGCUGGAUGUGAGGAUCUCUGGGGCAGGUGUUCCCAGGUGCGGACUUGAGACAAAGGAACCAGGAAGCAGGGCCUUCUGGAGCACAGAGGAGAAAACUGCGGUCCGGGAUGGCUCAGUCGGCCCGUCCAAAGUCGCGCAGCUGGUUCUGGCCGAGCUGCGAGAGUGAGGCACAUGGCCCCUGCAGACCGGGCCUCGGAGGGUCCAAGGCUUGAGGACCUGUCGGCCCCCCACCCCCUUGGAGAGGCAAGGAGAGGAUCCUGCGCUGGUAGUGAGCCUCCACUUCUGCCCUUGACUGCAACACCCUAGUGCCCCCCUGGCUUAGUCAUGGCGAAGCUGGAGACACUGCCUGUGCGCGCUGACCCAGGGCGGGAUCCCCUCCUGGCCUUUGCCCCUCGGCCCUCUGAGCUCGGACCCCCAGACCCUCGCCUGGCCAUGGGCAGUGUGGGCAGUGGGGUGGCCCACACUCAGGAGUUCGCCAUGAAGAGUGUGGGCACCCGCACAGGGGGUGGGGGCAGCCAGGGCAGUUUCCCUGGCCCCCGUGGCGGUGGGGCCAGCAGGGAGAGGCCAAGCCGCUACCCCGCAGAGGACAAGGCUCUCGCCAAUUCACUCUACCUCAAUGGCGAGCUACGGGGCAGUGACCACACAGACGUCUGCGGCAAUGUGGUGGGCAGCAGUGGUGGCAGCAGCAGCAGUGGUGGCAGCGACAAGGCCCCGCCACAGUAUCGUGAGCCCAGCCACCCGCCCAAGCUCCUGGCCACCUCUGGCAAGCUAGACCAGUGCUCAGAGCCACUAGUUCGGCCUUCGGCCUUCAAGCCUGUUGUACCCAAGAACUUCCACUCCAUGCAGAACCUGUGCCCCCCACAGACCAACGGGACCCCAGAGGGACGACAGGGCCCUGGUGGCCUCAAGGGUGGACUGGACAAGUCUCGGACCAUGACCCCAGCGGGCGGGGGUGGGGGCGGCCUCUCAGACUCAGGCCGGAACUCACUCACAAGCCUGCCCACCUACAGCUCCAGCUACAGCCAGCACCUGGCGCCCCUCAGUGCCUCCACCAGCCACAUCAACCGCAUCGGCACUGCCAACUAUGGUAGUGGCAGCGGUGGCGGCGGCAGCAGUGGGGGGUCAGGCUACCAGGAUCUGGCGACCUCCGACAGUGUGCGGGCCUCCAGCAAGAGCGGGUCAUCCUCCUCCAUGGGGCGGCCAGGCCACCUGGGAUCAGGGGAGGGUGGAGGCGGAGGCCUGCCGUUUGCAGCCUGCUCACCGCCCUCGCCCAGCGCUCUGAUCCAGGAGCUGGAGGAGCGGCUGUGGGAGAAGGAGCAGGAGGUGGCAGCUCUGCGGCGUAGCCUGGAGCAGAGCGAGGCGGCAGUGGCCCAGGUGCUGGAGGAGCGUCAGAAGGCCUGGGAGCGUGAGCUGGCUGAGCUGCGGCAGGGCUGCAGCGGGAAGCUGCAGCAGGUGGCCCGGCGUGCCCAGCGCGCCCAGCAAGGCCUACAGCUGCAGGUGCUGCGGCUGCAGCAGGACAAGAAGCAGCUGCAGGAGGAGGCAGCCCGGCUGAUGCGGCAACGGGAAGAGCUUGAGGACAAGGUUGCCGCCUGCCAGAAGGAACAGGCUGAUUUCCUGCCCCGGAUGGAGGAAACUAAGUGGGAGGUAUGCCAGAAGGCUGGGGAGAUCUCCCUUCUGAAGCAGCAGCUGAAGGACUCGCAGGCGGAUGUGUCCCAGAAGCUGAGUGAGAUUGUCGGGCUGCGCUCGCAGCUGCGGGAGGGCCGGGCCUCUCUGCGGGAGAAGGAGGAGCAGCUGCUCAGCCUGAGGGACUCCUUCAGCAGCAAACAGGCCAGCCUGGAGCUGAGUGAGGGUGAGCUGCCCUCUGCCUGCCUCAAGCCGGCGCUGACCCCCGUGGACCCGGCCGAGCCGCAGGAUGCGCUGGCCACCUGCGAGAGCGACGAGGCCAAGAUGCGCCGUCAGGCUGGGGUGGCUGCCGCCGCCUCCUUGGUUUCCUUGGACGGGGAGGUGGAUGCUGGAGGGGAGAGUGGGACGCGGGCCCUGCGGCGGGAGGUGGGGCGGCUGCAGGCUGAGCUGGCAGCUGAGCGGCGAGCCCGGGAGCGCCAGGGUGCCAGCUUCGCAGAGGAGCGCCGAGUGUGGCUGGAGGAGAAGGAGAAGGUCAUCGAGUACCAGAAGCAGCUGCAGCUGAGUUAUGUGGAGAUGUACCAGCGCAACCAGCAGCUGGAGCGGCGGCUGCGAGAGCGCGGGGCCGCAGGAGGUGCCAGCACGCCUACACCCCAACAUGGGGAGGAGAAGAAAGCCUGGACCCCCUCCCGCCUCGAGCGCAUCGAGUCCACAGAAAUCUGAUCCCCUACCUGGGCAUGUGGCCUUUUGACAAAUACCCAGUCAAAGGCCAGGGUCCCCAGUAUCCCCUCCCUGCCAUCUCUUUUUCCCCAUGUUCCCUGUACCCCCAGACCAAAGAGGUUCUCAAAGCAGCUGUGACCAGGCCCCUCCCCUCCCCUCACUGGGUGCCUCCCAGCUCUACCACUGCCCCACUGGGCAGCCCACUCGACCCUCCUCCCAAGGAGGAAAUGGAGGGCAGAGUGAGUGGGGAUGCGGGGCCCAGGCUGCAGGGGAACUCAUGCUCCUUUUCUUGGCACCCCCUUGUUGGAGAGGUGGCAGGCCUUGCAGUGCAUGAGGUGCCCAGCCCCUUGGUGGGUCUGGGCUGCUACUGUCGGCCACCCUGUGUCCAGAGAUGUUCUCUGUACCCAUCUCCUAGGCCAUGUAGCCUGAGGGGGCCUGUGUGGGGUCUGCCGAAGCUGACACCUUGGGCUGCUGGCCUUUCUCUUUCCUGCACUUUUUUCCCUCCCUGGGCAGGUUGGCAGGACAAGUGGGAGCAGAUGGCCUGCCUGUGGUUGAGAGGGCUAACUGCCCAGCCCCUCCCCACCAAGGUCUCUUGGGCUCAGGCCUCAGAGCCUGGCCUGGUCCUGAGUGUGUGUCUGUAUGUGUGUGUUGGAGGAGGGAAGGGCUGGGGCUGGAGGCUCAGUGCCCAGGGAAGAUCUGCCAUCCUGUUCUUGGGAAGGGUCACCUGGAGGCGUCUUAGCCCUACCCUCCCCCUUCUGACCAGGAUCCCACAGGACAACAGCCCCAUCUGCUUGGCUGACCCCACACCCGGGGCCACUGUCCAGCUCUAACUACAGCUAUUAAGUGCCACCUGCCUCCCAGGCACUCCCCUCACCCAGUUUCUGAGGUCAUGUGAGUGUCUGAUGUCUUCCUGUGUCUUCCCCGACUUGAUUCCCUCAGCCACCUUCUGCUUUCGUGCUCAGCCUACAUCAUUGUCCUAGGCCACCUCUUCCCCCAAACCUCACCUUUUCUUCCAGUAGAAAACUGCUUGAUCUUUGGUGCACUGCCCACUUCCAAGCUCCACUGGGCCCAAGCCUGAGCCUGAGGCCCUUGUUUUGGGGGGUGGGGGGUGGCUAUGAUUGCUCUUGAAGAGCAAGACUGAACUGAGAGGAUCGCUGACCCCUGGGCCCCAGAGGCCUGGGGUAGCCCAGGGUGUGCCCAGGGUAUGCCUGGCAUGGCCAUCAGUGGAGGCUGGGGCAGCCAACGUCACUUCCUUCUUGGGGGCCCUCUCAGAGUCCAUCUCCCCAAAAUAAGGAGGGAAAGGCAAAUUACUAACACACCAGCAAUAAAAAUCGGAGGAGGCUUGGCCCUCAGCCCUUGUAUUUCUCUCUUUUCCCUCUCUCCUUCCCACUCCCAAGACUGGGUUUGUGGGGCAGGGUGGAGGGAGCUGGCAACUACUGUGAGCAACCCCCCAACCCCUGACCAGCCUCCUCCCAUGACUGGUGACUGUUUAAUGAGCUGUGCAUCCCCCACAAAAACAGGAGUGCCCCUGUGGCCUCUAUCUCUCUGCACAGCCCCUUCUGGUGCCCCUCACCAGACCUCUGAGCUGGGUGGGGGGCUGUCCUGGCAAUCACUGCCCAUUCCACUCACCCUUCAUUGCACCUGCCCCAGAACCUGGGCCUGGGCCAGAGGGGCAGGGGGAAGAGGAGGCAUUAGAAGGAAAAAAAGAAAAAAAAGAAAAAAAUAUGAACAGACUCAGCUUUGGGAUUUCCAACCACAAAAGAAAUUAUAUAUAAAUAUAUAUAAAUAUAUAUCUCUACCAUAUGUGAUGGAAAGAUUUCGUUUUCUUUUCCCAAAGAAAUAAAAGGGAGAAAGCCU